UUAGUAAUGAUGUGAGACCGAAACUGCCAGCUAGCUGGUUAGCUACCCCGGACAAACUCAAUAAUGAGCCGUUUAAAAGAUACUAGAGAUGACGGGCACAGUGAACGGCAUCUUAAUUUCGUUACGUUGUCUUAUUUUCGCCACAAAGAAGAGCGCCGAAAUUUUUGUGACGUUUACAGCCCUACAAUAACGCGUCAGUGUGCGGUCUGUGCUAGCAUUGCCCCGGUUGCUAAGUGAGUCGGUGUGAUUUGAUAUGGCAGCUCGAGAGCGAGUUAGCACCCACUACAACUCGACGCAUUUCCCCAUUUACUCACACUUUAUUACAUUAAACCUCUUUAAGGUAUAUUCGGCGUAUGACUAAGUCAUAGCGUCUGGACAGAUAUAUUUAUUCUCGAAACCACCUGGCCUGGCAUGGAGCCAGGCGAUUUGCGGGAGAGCCCCGCAGGUUCCGGGGAGUCUGACGCCGGAGACUGGAGGGAGGUUCGACCCGGCGGGGAAGACGAGGGCAAAUCCGCCCAAAGUGAGCCAACUGCGGCCAGAGAGAUGUCGCCGAGGGACACCUGCCGUGAAGAUGUCGGCAGCGAUAAAGCGACUAAAGUGGGCGAGCAGCUCCACAGCCCCUACGACGACGAACUGGACCCCCGAAUACAGGAAGAGUUGGAGCACCUGAACGAAGCCAGCGCCGAAAUAAACAAGCUAGAACUGCAAUUGGAUGACGCUCGGUCGGGAUACCGCAAGAUUCUCACCGAGUCUGCCCGGAAGCUCAACGCUCACAGCUCACAGCUGGGUGGUUGCAUCGAGAAGGCCAGGCCCUACUACGAGGCUCGGCGGCUGGCUAAGGAGGCUCAGCAGGAGACCCAGAAGGCGGCGCUGAGCUACGAGCGGGCCGUCUCCAUGCACACGGCGGCCAGGGAGAUGGUGUACGUGGCGGAGCAGGGCCUCAUGGCGGAUGGAAAGAACACCCUGGACCCAACCUGGCAGGAAAUGCUCAACCACGCCACCUCCAAGGUGAACGAGGCAGAGGAGGAGCGUCUACGCAGCGAGCGCGAGCACAUGCGUGUCACUCACGCAUGUCAGGAGGCUGAGGCUCGUGUGCAGACCCUGCAGAAGUCCCUGAGGAGAGCCAUCAUCAAGUCUAAGCCUUAUUUUGAGCUCAAGGCUCAAUUCAACCACAUACUGGAGGAGCACAAGACCAAAGUCGUCCACUUGGAGCAGCACGUGUCCAAGGUGAAGACUCGCUAUUCCAUCGCUCUGAGGAACCUGGAGCAGAUCAGUGAGCAGAUCCACGCUCAGAGGGGCCGUGACACCCCGGUGCGUGGCGGACGCAGCCCCCCCGUAGGGGCCGAGUCUGACGCCCACAAGGAAGGCGAAGCCUGCGGGGGCAGCGGCCCGCUACCUAGCGACCCUGACCCGGACAAGGAGCGCGAGCGUGCAGGGUCAGACUCUCUGUCUGUCUUUAGCCUGCAGACCAUCGCCUCGGACCUGGAGAAGUACGACUCGGUCGAGCACUUGGGCGACCUUAGCGAUGCCAGCAGCGUGACAUGCGAUGAGGGCGACCGGGAACAGAACCGGGCGGCAGAGCGGCGGGACAAGCUGACCCACGUUAGUGCCCGCCAGCGGCAACAGGAGUUCUCAAAGCAACACCACCGAAGCUUCAGCUUGUAGUACAACUUCCACUACCAAAACUACAAACAUUGCUGCUGAAGUGUAAAUAAGCACACAGUCCACAGCCUGGGACUUUAUCCCGAGGCUAAUAUGGCUGCCCUGCAUCCAAUUUAGAAGACACUAAAUGAAACCAGGCGGAACAUCAGGUAGUUAGAACGCGCGCUUAAUGACCGUUAGCACUGUAAGCUGGCUAACUGUACUAACUUGUAAUGCUAACAGAUUGCCAGUUUUCACACUUCGCUGUGCUAUUAGCUUGCUAACUCACCACUGGUGGGUAAACAGGCAGGAAUUGCUAACUCACAACUGGUGGGUAGACGGGCAUGAAUCUGUUAGUGUAAACGCGUACUCCACUGAGGGAAGAGCUUGCAAAUCCCAUAGCGUAGCAAGAUACUUAACUGUACUAGCUGCCAGUGCUAACAGAUUGCUGACUCAGUCCUGAUGGGGAACCUUGCAGGACUUUGUUAGUAUUCCAAGCUAGCUAGAACACCACUCUUUUGAGAAAACAGGGUGGACCUCUGUUAGCACUCCAAGCUAGCUAGACAGUGUACUAGCUUGCAAUGGUAAGUGAUUGCUAACAUUCACUGGGUAACCACGUGGGAAUCUCUUAGCAGUUAUGGUAAUUUGAAUGUGUAAAGUACAACCCAUUCACUCUGUUGAGUGUACAAGCAAAACUCAGCAUUGCAAGAUAGCUAAAUUGUGCACUAUGUUACAAUGCCAGCAUAAUUCUCACAUUCACUUCUGGUGAGAAUCUGGUAAGUGUUGCAAGCUUAAAAAUAUAUAUAUACCUUAACUACUUUGAUGGGUAAAAUGCAGGAGUCAGGUAGCAUUGUAAGCUUGUUGUAAUUAUUAAUACAUGUUCUACCUAACAUUCAAUACUUCCUGGUGGGUAACCUAACAGUUGUUGUUCAUCAUUUUGCUACCGAUUACAUAAACUCCUUUGAAGGAAAAGGGCGAGAUUCCGUUAGCAUCACAAGCUAGUUACAAUAUUGAUGCACCCAACUAAGGGAACAAGGUGGGGAAACUUAGCAUUGCAGAUUAGCCUUGAGGCGUACUGUACGGCAAAUGGUUGCUUACGCAUGUUGGGGUAGGGGCAUAAUGUAAAGUUGGUGAUGUAAUGCAGUGUGACGUCUGCCAUGUCACCCUCCUGUUUUCACAUUUAACGCAUUUCCCGACAUUCCUCGAUGUUGCACGUUAAGGGAAUGUUAUUUUGUUUUCCGGAAGAGACCUGAGCGCUGACAGCGUUAAAACGACGCUACAUGACGAUGCUAAUGUGUCUUUUGCUGAGAAAAAGCCGAAGCAUUUAUUUCAAUUUUGUUUACAAAAAGAAGGCCUUGGCUGUCUUGGGAAAACACUCGCGUCCCUAUCCACUAUAUAGGGCUCCCAUAUACGGAGUAUUCAAUUAAUCGUUUCAGCCUAUACAAAAUGAAAAUCCCUAUUAGUGAUUAGGGCGUAGGGAAUGAGUGAAUGAUUGUGAACGCAGGAGGCACUCAUUCCUUACUAACGAAUCACAACGGUGGGAUUUUUUAGCCAAGUUUAUAUAUAGCCUAAAAAUCGCUGUAUAGUGAUUAGGGGUAGGCUAUGAGUGAAUUAUUCUGAACACAGCCCUGUAGUUUCUUCAUUCUUUUGCCCUUUAUUCCUUUUUUUAUUUAUUUAUUUUUUUUAGAACUGUGCACGGCCGCAGAACAACUAACAGUUUGAACUUCAGCCUACCUUAGUUUUAAUUUGAGCGUAGAACAGAACAAAUGUAUGCACCCUGGAUGAUGAUUUUCUUUUUCCAAUUAAUAAGCACAUUUCUUCUACGAACAAAAUUUUACUGGCGUAACAACUACGUUCUGAGACUUGCAGGAACACAGAACUUUGACAUUGGACACAAUUUAUUAUCUCAAUUUUUUAAAAUAAUGAAAUUAAAUUAGUGAACAUGAAUUUUAACAUUGCAAAGUAAGAUUUGAAUACACAAAUUCUGCAACUUUGAGAACUCCACCUUUUAAUUUUGUAUUCAGAUGGAAAAUUCUGAGGCUAACGAAAGAAUGUAAUGUUUACCCUCGUCUCCAAAUCUUGAAUUGAAAAUUCUGUAACUUCCCGAAAAGUUAGAUAUUAGUAGAUUCCACAAAUUUUGACAAAAUUCAGACAGUAAAUUGUCUCAGAAUUUUUCUUGUAGAAUUGCAAGAGGCCAAUUGUGAGACCAAUAGAAGGAAGAGUCGUAAUGCUUACGCUUCAAUUUUUAAAAAAAUAUAUACUUUAAAUUCAAAAGAAGUUUUUCUUUUAAAUCCCGAAUUUUAGAAAAAAAUCGAAUACAUUUUUUAAACUGCAAUUCAAAUCCUGAUCAACCAAAAAACAAGGCAAUUUAAUUUUGAUUUUUGGGUUUGUACUUGCUCUGUAUGCCAUAUUUUCUUGUGUGUGUGUGUGACACAGUGACAGCCUGAUGUGGCUUGUAAAUGUAAUAAUUAUGUAUAUUAUGAACACAAAGUUGGUAAAUAUUUAUGGACAUUUAACUGAGUUCUCCAGAAAAAAACCAAACUCACGUUAAUCCCCCACUGGACCUUCACCAAGGAUUAUUCAUCAUCAUAAAUAAAACAAAGUUGUGCAUAUUGGCGUUUGUUGAAGUGCA